GCAGAUAGUAUUACUUCCGGUUUUGAAAAUUUGUGAAAAAUAUUACGUUUUUCUAUUUUUUGUAAUGUUUAGCUACCAUGGGUUGUUCUAGACGCAUACUUAUUUUGAAUAAGAAGUUUAAGUUUUACACAACUCUUUGAAUUAGGUCACUGCAAAAUAGCAAACUUGGUUUUAAAAAAUGGCAGCGUUUGGUUCAAACCGUAGGAAAAGCUCACAGAGAGAUGAUUAUCAGAAGUAUCCGCUUAGAAACUUGGAGCCAGCAAUCCAGAAAUUUAUUAAAAUAUUACGCAUAGAUCUUGGAAGACUACAUCAUCAUCAACAGAAUAUUGUCAAGUUCCAAAAAUUAUCCGAGUUUGAUAACUUAAACAAGGAGCACAUAAAUGCAACAAGGACAGUACAGCAAUUGAAAUCAAACAUGUUAGCCCUGGAGCGAACUAGGCACCAAGUAGAGGAAUCUGAACAAGAAAAAUUUGAUGCAAAAGUGAAGGAUAUCCAAAGAGAAGCAGCUGAAAAUGUUGCCGACUUUUUAAACACACAUGGAAAACUUGAACAACCAUUUGGACAAAGUACAGCUACAGAUAUUCAAAGUGACAGCUCUUCAGACAAUUUGAUUCACAGACAUUCAGUAAAUGUUACCAAUACAGAUGGUGAUCAUGUGGAUCAUCCAUUAGAUAGUGGCAUGCAAUAUUUUGAUGGUUUGGAACAGAAAAGUGAAGCAAUACAGACCCAGGAUUUGAUGGAGGAAGUACGCCAGACCAAAGAAGCUGAGGCCUCUUUGGAACAUCUCAGAGAGGCUCAGCAAGAGACUAUAGACAGUAUAGAGGACAAUGUGGAGAAUGCGCAUGAAGAUGUACACAAGGGAACCAUACAAUUAUCCAAUGCUGCUAAACUAAAGGCAGUAAUGAUACCAAUAGCUGGUGCUGUAGUAGGAACCGUGGUGGCUGGUCCAGUGGGGUUGAUUGCAGGUGCUAAGAUAGGUGGUCUUAUCGGUGCAGUAGGAGGAGGUGUCAUAGGUUUUACAAGUGGAAAAUAUAUUAAAAAGAAAAAAGAUGAAGGGAUAAACAUUGAAAUGAAAAAAAUGGAGGAUAAACUUGAAACUUCAUCUACUUCUCAAAGCUAAUCUCAUAUGAACCAUCCAUAAU